AUGCAAGUCACUUCCCGUCCUUCCACUAUCACCCCCAAUUCCUACCUUCCUUCCGUCUUCACCACGGUGGCAAGUCACGAUGUACCUGUUUUCUUUUCGCGCUACCCUGCUGGGAUCAGCGUUGCAGCGGUAGACGUCGAAGCCGCAAUGCAUGCCAUCGGAGAGCUGGCUUCCACGGAGGGCUCCCGGGAAAGGCGACGAGCACGGAUCAGACACACCAACCCUUACGGAGACCCGUUUGCUGUGUGUCAUUGCACUGCCUUUCCGGACCGGCUGGUUCUGUUAUCUAGCUUGGUCGAGGUGAUGUGGAUUCACGAUGACGUAACAGAAGAAAUGGAUCACACCGAGGCCUGCAAAGCACACGCCGAACUAGCUGCGAUUCUACGCCUCGACAUCGACCCAUCGAGCAUCGACUCGAACAACAACCCACGCCUGAAAGCCCUAGCCGAGGUGCUCCGAAAAACCAUCGACAUAGACCCUGCCAAGGCUCCCGCCAUGAUCGAAAUGCUAAAAACCUACCUCGCUACAUUCGACAACGUCGCGGGUAACUUCACUCGACUGGAAGAAUACAUGCCCCAUCGGAUCGCGAACUGCGGAUACUGGAUGUCCUCCUACUUCAUCCGGUGGGGCAUGAACAUGGACCUUAGCGACUCAGACUACGCCAGUAUCGAGCAAUACGACAUCGCGAUGGGAAAUGUCCUCGGUCUAACGAAUGAUUACUUCAGUUGGCAUAUCGAGAAGGAUCAAGAAACCGAUCGGAUGAGAAACGCCGUGAUGGUUCUGAUGAAGGAGCAUCGUGUUACGGCUGAGGCCGCAAAGAUGAUGCUUCUGGGGAUUAUCGUGGAUGAGGAGUCCAGAGCGGCGAAGCUCAAGGAGGAGAGGCUGAAGAGCCCAACUUCGCAGGACAUUUUGCAGUAUUUUGAGGCUAUUGAGUUGUAUGUGGGGGGUAGUUGUUAUUGGCAUUCGACUGCGCCGAGAUAUCAAAUUUUUGAAUAG